AUGGUUGACGCUAUUAUUUCCGACCAGUACACAGCUACCCGGGCAUACUUUGCCUCUGUGAUUGGGUUGUUUCUUGUCGAGAGCGCGAUUCGACUAUCACAACAUCUGUACCACUGGCACAAUUCGAAACGCCAGCUCGGUUCUGUCAAGCAUUGGAAAAUCACCGUGCUCUUCCACAAACUCUUGAGCACCCGAAUAACGAUUCCUUAUCUCAUCGACUAUCACGUCACAGACAUUAUACGAUUUCUUGUAUUUCUCGGCCUAAAUAUCCUGUUUGGCAUCAAUCAAAAUGAAUACACGACCGACUACAAGCUCUACGGCUGGCUCACAAUAGCCAACGGUGGACUUGCCCUGCUACUAGCACCACGAGCAAACCUGUUUUCUCUGUUACUACGCAUACCCAGCAACGUGCUGCUAGUAUAUCAUCGCUUGAUUGGAAUGGCAACAGUGGCACAUGCAACAGCGCAUUUCGGUUUCAACAUUAUGCAUUACAUUAGCACCGAGCAGCUAGAGGACAGUCUGGCAAAUGCAAGAAUUCGCAUCGGCAUAAUGGCAUGGCUGAGCCUGGCCAUCAUUUUCCUGACUGCCUUGCCUAUUAUCCGCCGAAAAGGAUUUGAGAUAUUCUACUACAGCCAUUUUUUGUUCUUUGUCUUUAUGGUUGGGGCGUUGAUUCACACGACAAACGGACCCGAGUUUCUACUCCCCGGCUUUUCUCUAUGGGUAGUCGAUCGCAUCUUUCGGCUGUACCAGAGUUUCCAAAAGGCCGAGAUACAGGAAAUAAGGCAUUACACGGGCCAGGUUACCAAGUUCACAGUGAAGGGAGUAACUGUGCGCCAUCCAGGACAAGUGGUUUGGGUUAGACUUUCUGCAGUAUCACUGUUGAACUGGCACCCUUUCACAGUUAUGCGUUCGCCAGGGAGUACCAGUGACUUGGCUACAUUUGCUGUUAGAGGUCUUGGUGGAUACACAGAGAAGGCUCAAUACCUGGUCACAGACAAGGGCCAUGCCACAACAUCUACAGAAAGUGCCCAGGCAGUCGAAAGCGGACUAACCGUUCGAAUAAACGGCCCAUUUGGAGUUGGCCGCCUGAAUUGGAAUUCAUUCCCCGUCGUUGCUCUGGUCGCAGGCGGUAUCGGCAUUACUCCAGCUAUCAGCAUCUUAUCACACAUCACCUCAUCAAGGGCAGCUUUGUCAGAACACGCCACUGGCUCUACACAGCAGCAAGUCGAUAUUUACCUCAUUUGGGUUGUCAAACGUCUUGAUCAUACAGCAUGGUUCAAAGAUGAGCUCGAAAAGCUGGCUGAGUUGACCGCGCAACCAAAUGUGAAAGUCAAUUUGAAGGUUUCCAUAUUUUCAACCGACCGCACCAAGGCUGAGAAUCUGAUGUCACAGGAAAUGACUGUGGGAGGGCAUAUUUCGGAACCAAUGCCAACUUCAUGGGUAGUAAGACACGAGCGGCCAGAUUUCAGCGAAUUCUUUCGGGACCUGCGCAAUCUACACUCUGGCUGCGAUAUUGGAGUCAGUCUAUGUGGGCCGAAGUCUCUGAUGAGACAGGCUAGAAAGGCAGCAGUUCACGAAAACUCGACAACUGGUUUAUUCUAUGUUGAAGAUGAAGUAUUUGAGAGAUAG